AUGAAACUUGCAUUUUGUUUACCAAGAUUUGUCCUUUAUAAUAUUGAUCACAAUAAUGUAAAUUGUAGCACUAGUAAUUCUAAUAUUUUCUUACAAACUAAUCUUGAUUUAUAUAAAAUGAAGGUUAUUCAAGAUCUUUUUUCAGUUUACAAUAUUUCUUAUGAGAUUAAAGGAGUAACUAUUGAUUCACCAGAAUAUAAUGAAUUAUGUAAAAAAAGUGGUGCAUCUAAAUUUCCAAUACUUCAAGUUGAUCAAAUAUAUUUUCCUGGUUUUUCUACUAUAUGUAGACAUUUAGCUACACGUUUUGGUUUACAUGGUCCAACAUUAACUGAUGAAACAUACUGUGAUGUCAUGUCAUCAAUGCUUUUUGAUAUAAUUUCUAUUAUUGAAAAAGGUGCUGAUGGUUUAUCUAUUAAAGAACAAGAUGGAGCAAUGCAUGAAGCUAUAGAACAUAUAAACACUAUUCUUGGACCAUAUAUUAUACAUUAUAUUGAAAAUAUUCGUUGUGGAACAUUGACUCAUACCGAUUAUUUAUUUGGUAAAAAUCCAAUAUGGAUAGACUUUGCUCUUCAAAAAUUAAUUCUUUUAGUUAACAAUUUUGGUAAAGGACGAGUUUAUUUAACAUCUUCCGUUAAAACAUUUGCCGAAACUGGCAUUGUCUAUUAA